GUAACAUUUGCAGUUGGUAUACAUAUGUCCAUUCGCAGCUAAUGCUGUAAAUAUCAAAUAUCACUGAUUGUGAAGAUCCUACUGUGAAAAAGGUGAAAAUAGGUGUCUUCACACGUUGGUAAAUGCACUCCUGGUAACACAAUAAAUGCUGUGGUUAUUCUGCCAAAGCAUCGUGAUCAUAAACCACCGCAAAUCAAUAAGCCCAGGCGUAACGUGUUGUGUCGUAUCAUCCUCCGCAUAUCUCGCAGUAAAUAGGUAGCUUAACACGUGAUCAGAGCGAUGGCAGGUGCCGAUGAGGUAAGCAGUGUGAAUGCAUCUGCAUCUCCACAUGUAAAUGAGUUACCCGCUACCACCACAGACAACGAGGCAGAGAUGCUUAUCAGCACCGACGCAGAGCCUAUAGGUACACAGCAGAUUACAACAACGGCUGGUACUAUAAGUAGUACAAUGGAUACACAGAUAGGUACAACUGACACAACAGGCACACAAGCGAGCAGGUUUGAGGUACAAACAAGCAGCAAUGUCUAUCCCAGUGGGGGAAAUAGCCAGGAAUUGUUGGAGCCUAGCGCUGCUUCGCCGUAUCAGUAUGUUGCCACUGCCCAAAAAUCGACGGCAGUUGGACAUGCCGUCACCGGAAAUUUUGUUAAGCAG